AUGGCAGAUUCUCCUGGUUCCCCCCUCUCCUCCGUUGCCGACGACGAUGUGUCGGAUCGCGAAGAGACCAAGCAGGGCGUCUCAACCCCAACAUCCAACAUGCCUCCCUCAAAGCGUCGCCGCACCGGUAUAGCCUCUUGGGACCGUAAUACACCCGUAUCGACAUCCUUCCAGGAUGAGCUGCCUCCGCCUCCAUCCCCCUCGUCCUCAAUAUCGUCCGAUACGUCCGGCGAAAUUCCCAACUCACCCAACACGCUGUCUCUCAUAGGGGCAAACCAGGACGAGGACUACAGCGGCCAAUGCAAUGACCAGGUCACCGUGUGUCGAUGGGAGGGAUGCGAUUUUAAAGAUCUCGGAAAUAUGGACGACUUGGUCCAACACAUUCACAACGAGCAUGUCGGUAGCCGACAGAAGAAAUACUCCUGCGAAUGGUCCGACUGUCCUCGGAAAGGCCAAACACACGCCAGCGGCUACGCACUCCGCGCGCACAUGAGAAGCCAUACAAGGGAAAAGCCCUUUUACUGCGCGCUCCCUGAAUGUGAUCGCAGUUUCACCCGCUCCGAUGCCCUCGCAAAGCACAUGAGAACAGUACACGAAACAGAAGCCCUGCGCCCGUCUGACCCCGUCCCGAAACGUCAUGAUCUCCUCUCCGCCGCAGGAACGCCGGUCGGCACUCCAGCUAGCAAGCUCCAACGCAUCAAGUUGAAGCUGUCGCACCCACCCAGAGAUGACUCGGAGCAAUACAGCGAAAGCGUCAACGACGACACCGCCGGGACGGAAGACCUCGACGAGUUCGAAGUUCCCGAGUUCAGCUCCGACACCGGUUUCGACGAGCAUGAACUCGAGAUGAACCCACACCAGCUGUACAGGCUUCUCCGCCGUCAAAUUCACUGGGCCGAAAAGGAGGGGGUAGAUCUACGAGGCGACUGGGAUAAAAUCAGACCGAAGAGGAAACAGGCUUGGUUAGAAAAAGAAUCUAUAUUCGAUGACUUGAUGGAUGCUGAAGUCAGGCUCCUCAGCUCGCUCGUUGGCAACGAGGGCGCCACGGCUCCUCCUGCCAACACUGGUGCUGCUCCUGAUGCUGCUGCUUCAGCGAACGGGGUGGCUGAGAAACAACCAUCACCCCCGAUAGAGGCGUCGGGCAACGGAGAGCAUAAUGGGGAGCCUAUCGCGACGUGA